GUUCGGGACGAAGAAGAGAGUAAAAAAUGAUGAUGAAACAAGCAUACAUGCAUCCUUCUCCAAACUCUCCCAUUAUCAUCUAUUCCAAACCCCAUCCUCUAUCCAUGGCAGCAUCUCCAGCUCUUCAUCACGUGCCCUCCCCCAAAAUCUCACGUGCCGUGGCCGUGAUCGGCGCAGGAGCCGCUGGUCUCGUCGCUGCUCGAGAGCUCCGCAGAGAAGGGCACAAGGUCGUCGUCUUUGAGCGUGGGGAGCGUGUGGGAGGGACCUGGAUCUACGACCCUUCCAUAGAGUCAGACCCCUUAGGGUCAGACCCUUCUAGAAAGAUCGUCCACGGCAGCCUCUACGAAUCUCUCCGCACCAAUCUUCCACGAGAAUCCAUGGGAUUCCGAGAUUACCCUUUCGUGGCCAGAGAUGGGAGGGAUUCCAGAAGAUUCCCCGGGCAUCAGGAGGUUCUUCUCUAUCUCGAGGAUUUCUCGCGAGAUUUUGGGCUGGAGGAUUCCGUCCGCUUCGAGACGGAGGUUUCCGAGGUGGGAUUGGUGGACGGAGGGAGAUGGAGGGUGAGGUCGAGGAGGGUCGGGAUGGACGGCUGUGAUGGUGCGAGCGAGGUUUAUGAUGGCGUGGUUGUUUGUAAUGGGCAUUACACGGAGCCGAGGAUUGCAGAGAUUCCUGGCAUUGAUGUGUGGCCUGGGAAGCAAAUACACAGCCAUAAUUAUCGUGUUCCUGAGCCAUUCCGUGAUCAGGUUGUGGUAUUGAUAGGGAGUUCAGCUAGUGCUGUCGACAUCUCUAGGGACAUCGCCAAAGUUGCUAAGGAAGUUCAUAUAUCAUCAAGAUCUGCACCGGAUGGACCAACAGCAAAGCAUCCUGGCUAUGAUAAUAUGUGGCUUCAUUCUAUGAUACGAAGUACCCAUGAAGAUGGUACAGUGGUAUUCUGGGAUGGAAGUUCUGUUGUGGCCGAGAUCAUUCUGCACUGCACAGGGUACAAGUAUAAUUUCCCUUUUCUCAAAACCAAUGAUAUUGUGACCGUGGAUGACAACCGUGUUGGGCCGCUGUAUCAGCAUGUUUUUCCACCAUCACUGGCCCCAUGGCUUUCUUUUAUCGGAUUACCGUGGAAGGUUAUUCCUUUCCCGUUGUGUGAACUACAAAGCAAGUGGGUAGCAGGUACUUUAUCUGGACGGGUUGUGCUUCCUUCACAAGAGGAGAUGAUGGAGGAUGUCAAAGCCUUUUACUUAAAACUUGAUGCUGCUGGGUGUCCGAAAAGAUACACCCACAGCAUGUCCGAUUCUCAGUACCUGUAUUGCAGUUUGAUUACAAUGACUGGCUUGCCGCUGAGUGUGGGUAUCCAGCUGUGGAGGAGUGGCGGAAGCAGAUGUAUGCAGCAACUGGAAAAAACAGGGUGGCCCGUUCGGAAACCUAUCGAGAUGAAUGGGAAGAUCACCAUUUGGUCUUACAAGCACGUGGUGACUUCCAACAGUAUUGUCAGAGAGCAUGCUCACAGCAACCUUGAUAUGAGGCACUGUUAUCUUUUUAAGUUGUUUUUACUUGUCACCUCAAAUGCCAAUAAACUCGUGUGUAUUGUUACAAGUCAUUUAAAUAAAUCCCAUGUAUUUUAUAGAUGAA